UUUUCACGUGUUCUAAAGAAAUUAGUGUCGGGCACUUUUCUUCUGCUGCCCAGUUGGUAAUUGCUCCAUGCAUCUGUGUGUUCGUAGACAGACUUUUGUAUUUAGGUAUACAGGUACACGUUUGCAUUGCUUAAGUUACCCGAGUAGUGAUGUUUGUGUUGGUAGUGCCGUGUCUGUCGUGGGGUGGGAAGUUCUGCUGUGAAAUGUCGGUCAGAUAUGACCCUGUGGUUUCUUGAUAGGUAUACUCUGGGUUUCCUUUUUAUUGGUUGGAUUGUGUUUUAAUUAAACUGUAACCGAGUAUUUGUUAAGUUGGAGCAGAGAAAUAUUUAUAUUUAUUAUAUAUGCUGCUUAUGUGUCCAUCAUCUGUUGAUAUGCUUUGUGACCAUUGGAUUAAAAAAAAUUAAACUUUGUUUUGAUGCAUUUUAAAAUCUUGAAUGUCUUAGUUUCUUCUCAUCUGGAACUUUUCCAAUCUUACUCUGUUUUUGGAAGUACUCAAAAGAGAGUAUAAUAUUUAAGGAAAAGCAUGCAGAUAUAGUAUAAUCUUACCCUCUUCAGUAUUUGUUUUAUGGUAUGUAUCUGCAAAUCUGGGUCAGUAUCACUUGGGCUGGGAAAGAUUACUGUAGAUCUAUUUACUGAAUUAGACGCUUGUCUAGCAUUUGGAUUCCUAUAGAAGAUAGCCUUCAAUACAAAUAAAAAUGAAUUUGUAAUCUAUACACUACCUUUCAAAUUAGGGUUUUCCAAAUUGUUUGCCUCCUUUGCCUUGAUAACCUCUCUUUGAUCAUUAUAUGGGGUUGUUUGAUAACAUUGUUCUCAUUUCUUCUCAAAAUUUAAUUUAAGGCCUUCCAAGCAAAAUAUGUUAUUUUAAAGUCCACUGAAAAACGGGAAGACAACAAAAUUAUUUAUUAACUUCUUAUAAAAAAAGUUAAAUUCUUGUUUCUAUUGCAGAUUAAAAAAAAAAAAUUCUGAGUGUGCUUUCUUAUACUGGAAGCUGCUUUUGAAUAUUCUACAGAUUCGUUUUCAGAGAUCUGAUAGUGGUUUUGUGAACAUAAACAUAUUUUUCUGUGUUGGACAGUGAAUGUAUGCUGAUGUUUGAUGCAUCUCUGGAAUGACAGCAGGCUAUCAAUAUAUUGACUCUUCUUGUCACUGCACAUUACUGUUGGUGCUUGACAAAUGCAGUCGUGGUUUAACUGCACUAAUUGCUGAGUGCUUUAUGGAGAUUUGUCUCCAAAGAAGCCAGUGCUCUCUAAGUAAAUGUUAGACUUAACUCACUGAGGGCUCCAAGCAAGGUGAAAAGAUUUGUGUAGUAUCUCUGUGCAGCACUUCAAGUAGCACAAUGGGGAAGGUGUUUGCACAGUGGAAGGUUAUCGGUGAGUGAAUUCCAACUUUUGAUGGCUGGCGUUCCAGACUCUUUGAAAACUGCGUUGUGAAAUGUGUUGACAGAACAUCAGGUUCUGCAAGACAAAAUUUCAUACCUGUUCUAGUUUUCCUGCUGUAAUAGGAGCAGGAUGUUAUGCGUUGGUUUGCAACAGAUAGUCUGUGGCAAAUUUACAUGUCCUUCAGCUUUUAUGCAGAAUGCUAGAUCCAUAGCUAAUGUAAUAAUAGCAAAAAAAUCCCCAAAAAUACUCUAAAACCUGACGAGCUUUUGAAUUCUGCUACACAUCACAAAAAAGUAAUCUAAUUGUAUUUAUAGGAUUUUACAGUUGGGUAAUUAACACUGGGAUUUUGUGUUUUAUAAAGAGAGGUUAGUGUCCUAAAUUUAGGAGACAUUGACCUGAAGUUCCUUCUAAUAGCUGUAGUUACCAAUUGUAUCAUGAGGCAGGGGACAAGCUGAAACGUUGCUCACAACAAUUAUCAUGUAAGGAGCAUUUUCAUGCUUGGAAACUUCCUGACCUCCAGAGAUUCUGGACCAAGUUUUCAGACUCUUUAGAAGUGCCCCAUGGACUUCAGUAACGUACAAGAGACUGUCUUUGAAGAGCCAAAGAAUAAGCAAGUUUAAAGCCCCACAUAACAGAAAUUUCCUGUAUCAUCUCUUUGCUUUAGGAUUUUAAUCCCUUUUGUUUUGUUUAACCUUUUAAGGAGAGAUAUCCCAUUUUAUUUCAAAAGAUACCUCAACUCUGUUUACUCAGUUUAGUUACUCAGGAUACAAAAUAAUUCAAGAUACUGGCAUAAUCUUAAGAAUUCAUUUCUGCUUUCAAAGAUGUGAACAUGUCCAUUACAUGGCAUCCAAGACAGUGUGGGCUAAUGCUCUGAGACAUCAUGUCAGCAUACCUGAAAUGCAUCCCAUGAUCCACAAACCAACCUGAACAGAGAACAAAACAGAAUUUCUGACAUGAUUGGCCUACAUUUUUUUCAGUCUAUCCUUUCCUAUUGCUCCUAAAACAAAUGGAGUAAACAGCUCUGAUUUGGAGGAGAUAAGUGCACUACAGUUAUCUGGAAUACUCUGCAGAAUUAAGCUCUCUGUACGACUAAACAAAGAAAUGCUUUCAUACUCUUAAACCAUAAAAGUGUUUUAAAUAAAAAGUACACUUACCAAAAAACUGUCAAGUUAUGUUGCAUGUUGAUUCACUACUCUCCAUAUGCUUUGGAGUGCAUCCAGGCUUGAGUUUUGCCAGAAGUGGUUUUCCAGGGGAUGAAUGUCUAAUUAUUAUUCAAUGCACAUGACUUAGCAGAAUAUACAAGUGAUGGAAGAAGUUGACUCUGAAACAUCAAGCAUAACGAGUGCUUUCCCUCAUUCUUGUGUUCCCUGGCUCAUAUUUAAGCAUCUUGAUGGAAGAGUAGAGUUGAAAAGAGAAAUUGUUUCCUGAGUUUGAACAACUUCUUCCUUUUUUGAUACUUUUGGAACUCUCAGUCCUCCUGUUGCCCUGAAUAUGUUCUUAUUACAAAUUUCCUAGCAGUUUGUCACAAUUUCAAAUAAAGUCUCUCUGUAUGUGUUGCUCCCUAAAUACCAGAGUGGGACUCCUUGCUCAGGAACGUGUUCCCAUAUGACAUGUCUGUCCCACAGACAUGGCAUAUGGGUAGUGAGUCCUCUGCGCUGUGGGACCACAAGUGACCAAACCAGGCUCGAUAAAUCCUGUCCCUACUGCAUUAGUACAGCACGUGCACAGGCUGGGUCUACACUCACAGGCUGAUUGUGGGGAGGAAAUAGAAAUUGGAGAGGAGGAACGUAUGGGAAGAAACCAAAUAAUGAGCAAGUUUUUUGCUGAAUGUGAUAAGGAAGUCCUUAGAAAAGUAAUUCCAUUUGAAUCAGAGGGUGGAAGCUUGUGGUUGUCCAUAAGCAGUUGGAUGCUGUUGUCCAUGCUCUGAACUGCCAGGAUGGCUUUUGCAAGUCAAAAGCUACGCGGCUGCAUUGGCACAGUGCUGAGCUCAAAAUAAACCCUGCUUCUCUGGAACUUCCUGCCAAGUAUGUGAUGUAGUCAGAUGGCAUUUGAGAAGGAUUUUCUGCCUCAAACACAUUUGCUUUCUGCCUGAGAAGGAGGACAAAUUUGGAUAAACCCAUAUAUACAUUAUUCUAUAAAUGAAUAUGGUCAAUAUUCUGCAGUGGUCCUGAAGCCUGCAGGCCACUGCUGGUCUCUGAGUUUGUACUAAAUGGUAUGCAGUUAAUACAAAUUUGCAUUAAAUAGCACAUUAGUUUAAAGUUUAGUGUUACAAAGGUUCAUGGAAGGUUUCAGCAAGAAACAUGAGGAACAUAGAGGGUUUGUUGUCCCUGAAGCUUGGGUUCCCAAGCAGUUUUUAUACACAAAACAGCUUUGCCUAAAUUGUCAGAUGUAUUUCUUUUGAUCUUUCCUGGAUUUUUUGAGAAGUUUUCUGUGCUUUAUGUUCUACAAUAUAAUACGGUUAUUAGAAAUAGUUUUAAAAAACCCAAAACAACAAAAUCCUGUCUCUAAAGGAAAUCACUGUAUCUUAUCUUUCAAAUAAUCAAAGAUAAUCAUUAACACUUAUUUUCUAUAAUUCCUGAUUCAUAGAAUAUUCGUCUUAUUUAUGUGUAGGGGAAAUACUGAAGAAAGUUAACUUAUUAGGGUUUUCAGUAAUCCUAUUAAGAGAAGACUUUCGUAGAGAAAAGUUUUGUGAGAAGCUUCAGGAAGACCAUUUUUUCUUGAUCUCAGCAGCUCUAGGCUGAGGAAAGACCAUGAGAGUUUGGGUGGGAAGGAAGAGGACUUACCUGAAACUCUGAACACCAUCCCUGUUGUGGGAGUUUUGUUAGUGUUUGGUUAGUGGGUUUUUGUUGGGUUUUUCUUGGGUGGGGAGAGAGGGGGUGUUUUUUAUGUGGGAGUUUUUGUUUGAUUAGAGCUUUUUCUCUCCCCUGUCCCCCUCCCCAAACCCCUGCCUGAAAUUUAGAUAGAAUACCAUAAGCUGUUUAAAAAACAUACCUCCUUUUCAGGUUAGAUGCUCAAGAGUUGUGUUGCUGGAGUUCUGUGAUGGUUGUGUUUGGGGUUUAUUUUACGAAGUACAGGAUGAACCUUUGUCUGAGAUAAGGUUCACAACAAUACACUGGUGGCAUACGUUUAGAUGGAAAAUAGAAUGUUUUAGGUUAGCUCUGUGACAAUUUAAAGGCAAGAAGUUAAGGCUGGUUUGAGCGAGGCCAUUCUUAUUUCAGCCUGGCACAUCUUAAUUGUACUUGCUGAGUAAGGGGGUACCAGCUGAGUGCUGUGCAGUUGGCUGGGUAGUCCAAGAUGCCCCUCUUAGUUCCCUGUCCCUACAGCUCAAGUGGCAGAGUGAGUGUGUGCCCGUACCUUAGCUUCUCCAGCUCCUUAUUUGUUUGACUACUGGAAAUUUCCAGAGAAAACAAUUUUUUUCCCUGCAAAUGAUGAUGCAGAGUAUGACACCUGAUCUGCCAUGUGCUGGUAACCUUUGACAGAGGAUUUGGGCAAGGACAUGGAAGUGGAAAUAAUAGGUAGUUGCUUGCUUAGUCAACUCGAUGUCAAUCCUGAUAAAAAGAUGUGCACAAACCCCCUAAUGAUUAAACAUGCUUUCUUUGCAUAGCUAUCAAUAAUUGAAUAUGAUCUGAUUUUAUCAAGAUACCAUGCUUUAAUCACUAAUACCUUUUGUACUUUUCUUUAGAUGUUGCUGUGCAUCUUGUGGUGCUUUUUGCAAAGGCAAAGUAAUUCUUUCUGUUUCGUGUUGUAUUUAGUUACAGAAACAUUAGGCCAAAGUAAAAAUAGAUGAAUGACUCACCUAGUUAGAUAAUUUCAGGCACUAACUACAGAGCACUUAUUGGUAGUAUUACUAGGUUGAAACCUAGUAAUUCAAAAAAGAUGUUUAUCAAACCAUGAAUUUUUUUGAAAUAUAAGAACAAAAAAUGAGAAAAUAUUACAGAAGACAUUGAACCUGCACGACUGUGCUGCAGCAGUUCUUGUUUGUAAGUGCUUUAAAAUUAUUCAUUUGUAAUUUGACCAGCAGAAAGUAUGAAAGGAGCAAAGAAAAAGCCCAUUGUGUUCUGUAGGUGGACUGAGAAAAAUCUGGUUGUAUGCUCACAACUGAUCCAGGUCUACUGCUUUGGUUCACCUCUCAGUUUAAAACUGUUUCAGACCCCUCUGCUGGAGGGCUGCCUCUGAGCUGAUAUCCUGGGCUUCCAGAGAUCUGGGGAGCAGUGGAUCUCUAGGUUUGUUUUGGUUUAUUUUGUGUAGUGUGGGUGUAAGAACUAAACCAGAGAAAGAAUCCAUCUACCCUGCUCACAGUUUUCCUUUGGUUCUGGAAGUGAGAACAGGGAGAGAGACGCUCUCCUAACACUUUACCAUACCACCUCUGCUGGCUUCCCAGAGCUGAGAAGGACGGAUGCUUGUGGAUGGUGAGCGCAUCUGGUACAGGGGCAGGACAAGGAUUCUGAAGGAGGAAAGUUGUGCUGGAGAAACUGAAAGAGUGGAUGGGGCACCGAGUAGUGCUGGAAACUUACCUGAGAUGGAAGACAGAGAGUGGAGGAAGAUGGGAACUAAGGCCAGUGUUGGACAGUCAGAUGAAAAUAGGCUGGAAAUAAUUGGAAGAAAAAGAAUGGCAGAGGAUGUGUGGUUCAGGAGGGGGGCACUAAGAUUGUCUAAACAAGUGGUUUGAGAUGAGUACUGGAAAGAAAAAACCAGUAAUUUAAAAUGAAAAUUGUAAAUUACUAAAUACAGAAAAUGAUCUGGAAGAAAGAAUCGAUGAGACUGAGUGCACCUGUGCUGGAACUAAGAUUUCAGUUCUCUUCUUUAGGGGGUGAGAACCUUAUUAUUGAACCCAUAAGGUUUCACUCACUGCUGAUUCACAUGUAGGAUGACUUCUACUGCUUUUCAUUGGUCUGUUCAAUUAGUGUGGUUUACAAGGAAGUUUGUGAUGCUUCCUGUUGUAAGCAUGUAGGUGUGGUAUUUUGUCUUUUUUUUCAACUAGGAAAUUGCAUAAAAGGCUUACAGUUCUGUGAUUUUAGUAGUGUUCUUUAUAUGUUCUUGUUGGUUGGUUGGUGUUUUAUGCUGCCCAGUCCCUUGCUGUCAGAUUUGUUUUCUUGAGUGUUCUGUGCCCAGCUUUCUCAUACAUUUUUUUAGCUGUUUCUAAAUGUGCUGUAAACCACACAGCAUUGCUAUUGGUCUCCUUUUGUACUCCAUCCAGUGUAUAUCCUUAUUGUGGAUACCAUGCUUUAGAGAAAAUUACAUAUUGCUCCAGCUAAGAUCUUUGUGGCUCUGAGGAAAAGAGCAGAAAUUAUUUGUCUUUACAACACUCGCAAUAAAAUAUCGUAAAAGAAGAAGUUUGAAGGAUCUCCCUGCUCAAGAUUGAUCACUGGAAUAAAAAAAGCAGUUAGUUGUAUCUCUGUUGUUUUAACUAGGUAGUUUUAAGAUUGUCAAGCAUAUGAAGGCAUGAAGGAAUAGGGAUGAACGGCUGAGGCCCAUGGCAGGACCCCAGCUGUAUGGAUUGGAAUCUCCUCUGGGUGUUUUGAAACUGCGUUUUGUUGGAUCAUUUCUUCCCAAGAGGAAAGGGUGUAAUGCAUGCUGGUUGUCUGUCAUAUUUUAAUAAAUACUAGUAAGUUAUUGCAGUCUUUCUAGUUAAAAAUAACUGACUUAUUUAUGUCUACUGCAGUUCUAUGGGUGUGAUAGCAAAACUGCUCAUCAUUACUACUUGUCUUAGAACCCUUUCCAAACAUGGAAUAAUUUCUCUAUGAGGAACAGCUAAGUUAGAACCUGUCGAUCUGGAAACGAGAUGACAUGACAGGGAGGCAUGUGACAGAGCUUACAAAAUCAUGGCAGAAGGGGAGAGAGUGGACAGAAAUUGAUAACUCCUCUCUUCCAGUAAAUGAACUAGGGGAUCUCAAACAAAGCUAAUAUGAAUCAGACUUAAGCAAAAUAAACUCUGGCCCCUGUCCUCAGUACAGUGGAUAGUAGACCUGAGGAAUUAAUUGCUAAAGGGUGUUGUGGAUGCUAAAAGCUUAUGUGGAUUUUUGAGGGAGUCUGGGUAAGUUCAAGAAAGAUAAAUGAUUUAGGAUUUACUAAAUAUAGAAUAUCACAUCUGGCUUAGCAAGUUCUUUGAGAGGAAACUGCAAGCACAUUUGGGAUAUAUAAUACAUUCUCAGUCUGUGAGAGCAUCUUUUAUAGCUAAUGCUGAAGAUCAGGAUACUCAUAGAAAUGCAUCUCAUACUGACCCAGCAUAGCUGCUCUCAUUCACUUUCUUUAUAUCCUGUUGCUAAAGCUGACUUUCUAAUUAUUUUCUAAUCCUGAUGGAAGAAAAUCAAACUGUUACCACAUCAGACUCUGAGGGGAAAAAAAAAGAAAAAUAUCAAAACAUCCCUCCUACUUAGCAAGACACUUAGCUCUCCCUCAGUUCUUAAUUUUUAAAUACUUUUUUCCUCUGUCCCUAGUGAAAAUUGUAAAUGUGAGGCCACAGAAACAACAGGAAAGUCUUGCAUACAUUUAUGGGAAAGAUGACUGAAGGUACGUUUGUCGUCCGUGCGUGUGAAGUAUCUCUUCAUCUCUUGGUUAGUAGUGUUUAUUGGCAGCUGGGUUAUGUAUGUUCAGUACUCCACCUACACAGAGCUGUGCAGAGGACAUGACUGUAGGAAAAUAAUAUGUGAUAAAUACAAGACUGGAGUUAUUGAUGGGUCAGCAUGUAGUAGUCUUUGUGCUAAAGAAACGUUGUAUUUUGGAAAAUGUUUGUCAACAAAGCCCAACAACCAGAUAUAUUUAGGAAUCUGGGGAAAUCUGCAAAGUGUUAUAAAAUGCCAGAUGGAGGAAGCUGCUCAACUUGAUUUUGGUACUGACCCAGAACCAAGGAAGGAAAUAGUCCUAUUUGAUAAACCAACAAGAGGAACCACUGUUGAGAAAUUCAAAGAAAUGGUAUAUGGUCUUUUUAAAGCAAAAUUGGGUGAACAAGGAAAUCUUUCAGAACUGGUUAAUCUCAUCCUAUCUUUUGCUGAUGGAAACAAAGAUGGCAGAGUCUCUUUGCCAGAGGCGAAAUCUGCGUGGGCACUUCUGCAGCUAGAGGAGUUUCUGUUAAUGGUGAUCCUCCAGGAUAAAGAACAUACUCCCAAAUUGAUGGGUUUUUGUGGGGAUCUCUAUGUGACGGAAAGAGUUGAAUAUACCUCUCUCUAUGGAAUCAGCCUUCCAUGGAUUAUAGAACUUUUCAUUCCCUCUGGCUUCAGAAGAAGCAUGGACCAAUGGUUCACUCCAUCAUGGCCAAGAAAGGCAAAAAUAGCUAUAGGGCUUUUAGAAUUUGUGGAAGAUAUUUUCCAUGGACCUUAUGGAAACUUCCUUAUGUGUGAUACAAGUGCCAAAAACUUGGGAUAUAACGAUAAAUAUGAUUUGAAAAUGAUGGACAUGAGAAAAAUUGUGCCAGAAAUGAACUUGAAGGAAAUAAUUAAAGAUCGUCAGUGCGACUCAGAUUUGGACUGCAUUUAUGGUACAGACUGUAGAACACUAUGUGACCAAAGCAAAAUGAGAUGUACCACAGAAGUAAUUCAGCCAAACUUGGCAAAAGCCUGUCAGCUACUUAAAGACUAUCUGCUUCGUGGUGCUCCUUCUGAUAUCCAUGAAGAACUAGAAAAACAACUGUACUUGUGUAUUGCCCUUAAAGUCACAGCAAAUCAGAUGGAAAUGGAGCAUUCUUUAAUACUCAAUAACUUAAAAACUUUACUGUGGAAGAAAAUUUCUCAUACAAAUGAUUCUUAGCUUCUUCACCAGCAGAAGGCAGUAUUGAUGCCUGCCACUAGAGGUGGUCUGCCACAUUUGAUAAAAACAGUCUGCACCUUUUUAAAAAGAUAUUUCUUUACUCAGAUUUUAUUAAUGGUUCUUUCACUCUUGCCCUUCAGUAAAUACCUUGUGACAGGGCUUCUCGAAGAAUGAACAUGCCACUGAAUGAUCGGGCAGAGGCCAGGACUUCUGGUGUUCAGUGCUGUGUUAUGGAAACAAAAACUUUGCAUGCUUGACCGUUCUGUGCACUUUGUCAGAUCUUGAACAGGAUGAAAGUAUUCACUGUGCCACCACAUCAGCUGAUGGAACAUCUUACAGUUCUGUGAAAAUCAUUGCUCACUUGUGAAAUACCUGCGAAGGAUUUUUAUCGUGAGUAGUUUUCUUAAGAAUCACCACUACUGCAAAUAAAGUGUCCAAGUCCAAGCUGCUGUUAGGAAUAAACUGAACUGUGAGACUGAAGUUUACUAAUAUUUUGGCAUGGCAGAAUUUGCACAUUAAUAACUUUUUAACUGUGGAAAAUUAGAAUUUUAUUCUAGAAUGGACAGGUUGUAAUAUGAGACUUAAAUCAGAUUCUGUUUACACAUUUGUUACCUCAUGCUUACAUCUUGAAUGUUUAACUAGUUCAACACUUUUUAAUUAAGUCACUGUAUGGUGAACCAGAGUGGGGGCCAAGAAUUUUAGAAUAUUAUUUUUUAAAAUCAUCUGUGUGGUCUAGCAGCAAUACCAGCAUCUGUUUCAAAACCUGUAAAUUAUUGUAUUUCAGUUGAAAUCUUUAACUUAAAUUAAGGUGUAGCAAAUAUUGAAAAGUAAGGAGUUUGUGGACUAAGCUAUUAUAUGGAAACGGAAGUUAAUUUUCAAAAAUACUGAUAGCAGAAGUAUCCUACCAGUUAAAAAAAGGAAGCUUGCAUAGGGUGAGAAUCUGCUGUGUAACCUGAGAAACAAGUUAAUAGUUGUGCAGUCUUGACUCUUUACUGUCCCUCCAAAUUUAGCUACAGACUUUUACUUCUUGCAAUCAUCAAGGAGAUUUAUGUGAGAGCUAGACCUGAACUGUAGGACAGAAGCUGGAUUGUUCAGGACCGUGGAAUAUUGCUUAAAUUGGAGCCUAUGAGAUUGUAACAGCUAGGAAAGAGCUGGAAAGUAAGUGAGCUGCAGUGUGUUACUGUUACUGGUUUUUUUUUUCCUAGUAGCAUCUAUGAGUCAUUGUUAAGUCUCGAGUAAAUAAACACCAUCUGAUCCUGACACUCCAGACAGCAUGACCACACUACCACCUUUAACAUCCCCUUGUUGCUCUUCAGAUUUACAUCUGUGUUCGUAAUCUUGCAGAAUUGGAUGUCCAUAAAACAUCUUGAUAGUGUGUUAAUGUUUAAUUCAUAGAUGCUUUAGGUAUAAGGUUGUUCAAACCUUAAUGAUUUUAAAGCCAGUCAUCCACAUUACUUCUGAAUCCCUGCCCCUUAAUUCAUUCUCAGCUUUAUUUAAAUAUUUGAAAGGUUAAUUGCUUUAGGUAUCCUGUCUUAAAUGCAAUCCUUGAAUGAUUAAACUGAAGUACAGGGCCACAAUAACAUCACAUCUUCAAACCCUGUGAUAAUAUGCAGCUUGGGUUAAGAGGGUACUGUUUUGUGAACAGCAGCUUUUUAAGAAAUACUGUGCUCAUCCUAAUUCUUGUCUCAAACUUGCUACUGUGCUACAACCACAAACUAAUAAGUAUUUGUAACCAGCAAUGCACUCAAGUGUAAAGUGGUCAUGUUCUUGGUGAAAAAAUCUGAGUGAUGGCUAGGAGGUUUUGGGCAGAAAAGAUUCCUGCCGUUAACAACUGAAAAACAUUUUUAAUAGUGAUUUGUUGUACAGAACCUUCAUAUUUAUUGCUGUUGCAUCAAGUUGAACCUUUUGUUGGAACAAAUCACUUGUUUACAAUAAAUCACAGGCCUCCUUUCAA